AUGAUUCUGCUGUUGGGGAUCCUCAUUUUUUCAUUACAAGGGACUUCAAGAAAAACGCUGAAAAGUAUUAAAAUCUAUCAUGUGUUAGUACUAUUGGAUGAUAGACGUCCUAAUGGUUAAUAAUUCAAAGGGGGAAUAGAACUUAGACUUAGUAUAAAAAUUAUUAAAUAUUUAGCUUGCUAACUUUUGUAUAAUAAUUCCAUUGAUGUCUCCUUAGUUAAAUCUUAUUACAAGUUUUGUGAUUUCUGUAACAAGUAAAAUAAGAUGAAAUUCAAGAUCAACAGCAAAAAAGGUUAUAUUUGA